AUGAAGGCCAGCAGGAUGCAAGUGUGUCUGAUCCUCCUCUGGACAACCAACUCAGCUCAGCCAAACGCAGCCCAAGCUGCAGGAGUUCAGGUUUUCCCACCUGUAAACUUCACCCUCACGGUCUCUGCAUUAGCACAAGUCCUGCUACACUGGGAACCAAACCCUGACCAAGACCAAGAGAACUACACCAUCAGAUAUGAUGUGAAGAUCCUCAGCCCCGUGCCUGAAGAGUAUGACACCGGGAAGACCCACAGUGUCCGAACGGUCGCGCUCCACGACGGCUUCUCCGCACACGUCCGCACCUUGCUUCUCCACAACGACCUUCAGAUGAGAAGUGAGUGGGUGAAGGAAAACCUCCCCCCUCUGCCAGGUGCUCCCGAGACAUCCGUCACCAAUUUGUCCUGUGUCACUCACAUCACCCUCUCUGGGGCUGUCUCCCUGCACUGCUCGUGGCUUCCUGGCCCAGGGGCACCACAAGACACUGAGUACUUCCUAUUUUACAGGUACAAGAACUACACCGAAGAAUGUCACAGCUAUGGCAGAGACAGGUGGGACAGGAAUACUGAGUGCAGCUUUCCAGGGACUCACAUUGACCCUGAGGAGGUUGAUGAUCUCGUAAUCCACAUUAAUGGGUCCAGCAAACGGGCUCCAAUCAAGCCUUUUCAGCAGCUGUUUAACCAAAAUGCCAUUGAGAAAGUGAAUAUUCCCAGAAAUAUCACUGUAUCCUUGGAGGGAAACGAUCUCCUGGCCACCUGGGAGAAGCCAAUUUCUCUUUUCCACGAGGAAUGUUUUGAAUAUGAAUUUUACCUCGUCAACCUGAAGUCAGGUAACAAGCAGAUCCUGAAAUUAUCCUCAAACAAAUUCCGCUUGAGGAUUGAUGUGACCAGCAGAUAUUCCAUCCAGAUCAGAGCCAAUCAUCACCCGUGGUGUGUGAGAGGAGUUUGGAGUGACUGGAGUGAAGUUAUUUAUGUUGGGCAAAACAAACUGGAGAGUUCUGUGUCCUGGAUUCUCGCUGUGCUUUGUGUGGCCACGUCCUGCACGUUCCUGCUUGUCACUCUAAUAUGCAAAAUAAACCGUGUCUGGAGCAAACUCUUUCCACCAAUUCCAACACCCAGCAACAAAUUCCCAGAUCCCUUCCCAGUUGACUACGAGGAUGUUGUCCAUGAACUCUGCCCCAGCCCCAAGCUCCAGCUCCCAGCUCACAGCGGGGUUUGCUUUCCAGAGGGCACGGACCUGCACCAGCGACACGGAGACCGAGUUCAGCAGCCUGGCUGAGGAUCUUUACUGCAGAGCCCUGGAUGACUCUGUCUUCUGAGAGGCUGCUCCACGUCACCUCCAUGUGCCCA